AUGUCCACCCCCACCACCCUCACCAGCAUCGAACUGCUCUACUUCCCCAUCUGCGGGCGGGGCGAACCGAUCCGCUACAUCCUCGAGGACGCGGGUGUUCCGUACGAGGAGAGCAACGAUGUGGAGCGGUUCAGGAGGGGCAAGGAGGAUUGUGAGGAGUUCAGCUUCGGGCAGUUGCCCAGGGUGACGGUUGACGGCACCCACCUCUUCCAACAAGACGCCAUCCUCCGCUUCUUCGCCAAAACCUGCGGUUACCACUACUCGGGCGACGUCUGGAAGGAGGCGCUUGUGGACCAGCUGCAGGACGCGUGCGAGGACUUGAACAUCGCCUACGUCCGCUGUAUCUACUCCCCCGACUCGGCCACGCUGCUCGAAGCGUUCGUCAAGGACCACGUCCCAAAGGUCAUGCGCCAGUUCGAGCACUUGUUUGUCAAGAACAAGCAUGCGUCGGGAUACUUUGUGCAGGACAAGCCCACCUUUGCCGAAUUCCACCUCCUCUACCUUCUCCACGCCCUCACGCACCUCGCUCCCACCCUCCUCUCAUCCUACCCAGCUCUUCGGGCCUGGAACGACCAGAUGUGGGCGCGCGAGGGUUUGAGGAAGUACAAGGAGAGCGGGAGGAUGAGGGAGAUGUUGAACGGGAAUGCGAAUGGGCAGAGGGAGGUGCGGUGUGGAGCGUAG